UCUGUGACUCUUAGUUAUGUUACUUCCAUCCUGGAUGGCAGUGACAUCAUAACUCAUCCAACACAUAGGAUUCAAGUAUUGACUCAUGUUAAAUAUUAAUAAAAGCCCAAUCUUUUCUAUAAAAUUUCCCUAAGAUUUAGUUAUUUUUAAUGUAUGUUUAUGGGUGUUUUGCUUGCUCAUAUAUCUGUGCACCAAAUUCAUGCAGUGCCUGCAGAGGGCAAAAAAGGGCCUUGGAUCAUCUAGAACAGAGGUCACAGAUGGCUGUGAGCCACAUGUCGGUGCUGGGACUGCAGGAACAACCAGUGUUCAACCACUGAGCACUCUCUCCAAAUGCUCUAACCGAGUGCCAGGGUCCUAGCACCCACAUGACUGUGUACGAUCAUCUGUAACUCCACUUCCAGGGAAUCUGCACCUCUUAUAACCUAUGAGAGGUGUCAGACAUGUACAUGGUACGCAUACCAUUCAUACAUGGUCCAUAUGCACAUAUACACACAUGCAAUAAAAUAAACAGAAAUCUCUUGAAUCAACUUGAUAUUCUUAUUCCUUCUGGAAUUGUAUCUCAAUGCUUUUCCAUCAGUUCAGUUAAACAUAAUGUCUCCUAGUAUCUGCUUUAGACCUGGAAUCUUCUGUAUCUCUCUUUACACUUGAUUUCUAGGUUUGCACCUCUUUCCCAGCACACAGCCUUGUAGCCUAUUUCCUUGCUUCAGCAUGGGAGGACUUAUGAAGGAUGGAUGUUAAUAUUUGGGGCUUAUAACUGGAAGAAAAUCUUGGCAAAAAUAAUAAGUUGAUAUCUUCUAGUUUUGGUGGUCAGAUUCAUGCCUCGGAGAUUCUAAAGCCACAACAAGAUUAAGACAUAUGUAAUAUUGAUAUCAUUUACCUUCUUCAUGAGCCAAUGUAAAAGCUUUAAGGUACACUUUUAGUAUUAAACACGUUGUCAUAGCAUCGCCAGUGUUUGGAGGCACAUUCCUUGAAGUCCUAGAGACUUGUAGAACAAGUCAGCUAGAAAUGUUAAAAACUAAAGAAAAUAGACUGUUCUUCUGUACUGCAUGGAGUAAAAACUUGUUUUCAAAAUGAGUCAUUGUUGAAGAAGGAGGGAAUUAUUGUAAAAAUAAGAAGCUUAUUAUAGUUUAUAUUAUGAAUUAUAUAAGCCAUGAUAAAAUAUAUCAAUUUAAAAUACCAAGAGAUUUAAGAUAGAUUAAGCAAGGAGGAAUGAUUGUAUCAGAUAUUGGAACAACCCAAAAGAUAGUCUUUAUUGGUGCAAGGAAAAACAUGGAUCAAGGAAGUAAAAUACAGUAUGUAGAUAUUGAUUCAUGUGUAUGUAUAAAAAUAAAUACAUUUCAAAUUAAUGAUAAAAUAAUGCACUAAUUAAUGAAUGCGGUUGGAUAAUUUACUAGCUACACAGGUAAAAGUAUUUUAUUUCAAUAUUUGUGAGCACAACAAACAUUCUAGUUGCAUUAAAUACCUAAAUGUAAGAAACAGAGCAAUUGAGACAAAUAUAUGGAAAAUUGUAUUUAAAAUCUCAGGGACAGAUAAGCAGUAUUUAACACACAUAAAUUCAAGUUCUAUAAAAUUUUAGCUUUAGAAAAUAAAAAUAUAAAGUUUAAAAAUGACAAACUAUAUGAAGAUGUUUCCAACAUGUGAAACAUGAGUUAAUAUCCCUAAUACAUCAUGAGCUCUACCAAACCUCUGUAAAGAAAACAAUAAAACCCAAGUAUAGAGUAGAAACAAGGUUCUCCAAGAAGAGAAAACACAAAUAGUCAAUAAAACCUAAUUAGUGGUCAGGGAAGUGUAAAUUAAUACUACAGUGAGAUAAGUCUCAGUUAAUUAGAUUUGAACGGUCAUUGUUAAGGCCCAUUGUUGGGACACUAAGAGGAAAUUGGUACUUAUAAACUGUUGGUGGAAAUAGAAAAUUAGAAUAGAUUUCCAGAGGUCUAUUCAGAAUUGUCUCCUUAAAAAUGUGCAUACCUUUUAAUGUAGCAUUUCUGUUGUAGAAGUAUGCAUGUUCAAACACAUGGAUUAACAAAUAUGCAAUGGUAUUUGCUAUAUUAUUGCUUCUACUAGCCCAAAACUGAAAAAACAACAAAACAAAACAAAGAAAAACAGAGUCCUUUGACUAAAUGCAUCAGUCAUACUGUGCAUGCUGCGUUGACUUAAUGUUAUGCUGUAUAAAGCUCAUAGGCAUGAAAUGAAUUGAUAUGCUGCCCUCAGGAAAGAACUAUAAAACAAAGAGAGAGAGCCACAAAAAUAGUCAAUGUCUAUAUUAGAAACAUGAGUGGUAUGUGUGAUUAACUUACGUUAACUUAUGGAUGUAGGUAAAGAUAUUGAUAAGAAAUAUUUUAUCAAUAAUUAGGAAAAUUAAAUAUUUGAUCAUAUUUGAAAGAUGCAAUUGUUAAGAAAAGCCUUUAAAUAAUUAAAGCCACCAAGGGCAGAAAAAUGCCAAGUCAGUCUUGGAACUGUUCCUUCGUCAGAUAUCACAAAGGGAGAUUUCCUUCAGAAGCAGUAUUCCUUCCAUUAUGUAUUUGGUCAGUUCUGACCCAUUGUUAUGACAGUCAGCAAACUAUUCUAUUCAACAAACUAAAAGUAAAGAGAGCAGGCAUUAAGGCAGAGUUAAUAAAGCUGAAGACAGUUUAGAUGCAACUGGAAGGUACUGAAGCCUUUUCUGCUGUAGCAGCCAGUUAAUUAUAGCUGAAUCGGGUUACUAGAACCAAGGUUGAAUGGCUACAAUAUUCUCUUUCAGUAUACAUACAUAUAUUCUUAAUGUAAACAUAUUAAGAAUAAUAUAAAAACAAAGUGGAGAGUUCAGUUCUUAUAAAAGUUGUGGUGAUGUAAUUAAUAUUCUAUUUAUUGUACAAAUGUGGUGUCACUUUUUUGAUUACUUUGCAUUUUGUCAAACUAUAUAGCCAGAAAUCACAAAUGUAAGAGGAUUGAUUUGGGGCUUUUGGAAAUUUCAGUGUGGUACACAUGAUUUCUAGUAGCCCCGAAUCAGUGUUCUAAGGAAGACAGGGAAAGUGAUCUGUUCGGUGGUCAAUAUAAGAUGGAAAAAGAGAGCUAUUAAAUAACAACAAACAUCGACAAUAAUUUCUUGUACCUUAUUGGAUCAUAAUUUCAUUAGCAGAAGCAAGAGAAAUUACAGAAAACAUACAAACACCUAUAAACUAAACCAUAUUCCUUUGAAUAAUUGGUGAGUCACUAAAACACACACACACACACACACACACACACACACACACACACACACACACAGGAAAAUGAAAACUUCUAUAAUCAACUGAAAAUGAAAUUCCCAGAUCUUUGGGUUAAAGAAACAGUUCUAAGGGGGGAGUAUGCAGAUAUGAAUAUCCACAUGGAGAAUUCUGGGUGAGAGAUACUAGACAAAUUAUCUAUGCAUCUCAAGAGCUGAGAAACAAUAAACCAGGCAGGUAUGAAAUGAUGACUAAGCAAAGAAUGCAAAGGUUUGCUGAAGUGAAGAAUUACUUCUUUGGGAAGAUAAGCAUGAUAUACAAGCCCUAUCCAAGCUAGCCAAAAGAAAGAGACUAUCCAAACCAAUACAAUUAGUGAUGAAGAGAGCAUGUUAUAGUGGAGACCUCUGAAACCAAGAGGAUAAUCAGGAGAUAUUUUGAAAACUUGUACUAAAAAAUCUGGAAAUCUAGAAGAAAUGAAUAAAAUUAUACAUAUAUGUAACUUUCCAAAAUCAAACUAAGUCAUGUAAGAUCCCAAACAGAGAAGCAAUAAUAACAAAGCAGUGAUAGGGUCCCGAGGAAGGCUCACCCAAGGCAGCAUGGAAUUGCAUUCUUUGAUACCUUUAAUGAAAUAACAUCAAUGCUCCUCAGCAUGCUCUGUAAAACAGUACCUUCCUUCAUGCGUAUUCAACAAAGAUAAAAGACACCACACAAAAGAAAACUACAGAUAGUUUUCCUUGGUAGGCUUAAAAGGAAAAAUCCUCAAAAUAUUUACAAGGCAAAUUCAAUGACAUAUUUACAACUACUUCAUAAUAAAGUGGGUUCAUUGCCAAAAGUGCAAGAAUGGUUUAAAAUAUGCGAAAUACAAUAGAAAACAUUUCAUUUUAACAGAUGCACCAAAAAAGUCUGCAACAAUCUUACAUCUCUUCAUGAUCAAUAACCCAAAUAAGUGAUUAAUAGAUCAGAACGAUUGUAUCUAAGACAAGUCGUUUAUGAUAAAUAUAUAACCAUCAUUAUCCUGAAUGUGGAGAAACUGAAAGCAUUUCCUUUAAAAUCAAGAAUAAGAUGAGAGUAUCCAUUCUCACUACUCAACACAGUGUUUGAAAUCUUAGCCAUAGCAAUAACCCAAGAGAAAGAAAUAAGAGGGUUACAAAGGGCAAGAAGUAAAAAUAUAUUUGAAGCAACCUAAUCUCAUCUGUAAAAGACCCUAAAAACUAUAAAAAAUUUUAAUUCAAAUAUACAUUUUCAUCAAAAUAGCAGGAUGCAAACUCUUCACAUAAAAAUCAAGAAUGAACAUUUUAUAUAUAUAUAUAUAUGUGUGUGUGUGUGUGUGUGUGUGUGUGUGUGUGUGUAUCCCAUGUUCAUGGAUUAGCAAAGUUAGUCUUGAGAACAUGGCCAUAUUACUGAAUGUGGCCUACAGAUUCAAUAUAAUCCCCUUUAAGACUCCAAUGACAUUCUUUAUAGAACUAGGGAAACAUUAAUAUGGAAAAAAUAAAAGAUCAUGAAUAGCUAAAGCUAUCUUGAGGCAUCACAGUGCCUGAGACCAAAUUCCAAAUUGUGAUAAAGUGAUACAGUGUGAAAUGAAGUAAAAGCAAACUGGUGUGCAGUAAAACAGAGGACCCAGAAACAUGACUGCAGCCACCUCCAUCUAAUCUCUCAAGUGGUCAAACUUUAGACUGGAAAAGAAACUGGUGCUGAGAAAGCUGGAUAUCCAUGGGUAAAAGGCAAAUAGAUCACCAAUUCAACAUUGACCAAUGACUUAAAGACUUGAAACUUUGAAACUUCUAGAGGAGAGCGUAGGGAACCAUUUUAAGAUCCAGGCAUAGGGAAUGAUUUUCUGAAUAAGACUCCAACAGUCCAGGGAAGAAUAACAGGAAUUUAAAAUUGGAUUGGCUUAGGUAAAUACAAGUUAAAAAUCUAUUGAGAGUCCAUCUCACCCAACCAGAAUUGACAUCAAGAAAAGUAAACCACACAUGAUGGUGAGAAAGUGAGGGGAAAGGAGCACUUGCAUUCUCUUGAUGGCACUAUAAACUACAAUAUACUAUAAAAUACAACAUACAAGUGAGCAUGCAGAUUCCUGUAAAACCUAAGGCGAGAGCUAUACUUUGAUCCAGUUAUACAAUUUUGGAUAUACAUUCAAAAGAAUGCAGCCAAGUGUCUAUAGAAAUACCUCUGUCAUUCUACUAGUCACAAUGGCCAGGUUACAGGAUAGACCUGAACAUCUAUGGGGCAGAGAUAGCCUGCUGAAUUGACAGUGGAUACUAAAUAAAAGAGUCAUAAAUGUAAAAUGGAGAAGGGAGGAUGGGGUAUAGAGUUUGAGUUCCAAUAACCAACAUUCUGAGGAAGAAAUUGGGAAAUAGAAUCAUUACUCCUUUUACUUUUACCUCAAGCCAAAAAUACAAAAAAAAAAAAAUCUAACCAAGGAAUUGCAAAACCUCGACAAUGAGAACUUAGAACACUGAGGAAAAUAACUGAAGUAGAUACUAGAUUGAAAAAACUCAUGCUUACGGAUUGGAAGAAUUAGCACUGUGAAAAUGGCUGCCUUCUCAGAAGUGAUCUAUGCAAUACUAUUCAAAUCCUUAUGCCGUUCUUCAUAGCAAUAGAAAAUCAAAGUUUAAUUCAUGCAGAAGCAUAAAGGACCCCAGGUACUCCAAGAAAUCAUAAACAAAAUGAUUAAUGUAGGAGGUGUCACCAAUUUCAAGUUAUAUUACAAAGCCGUAUUAACAAAAGCAUUAUAGUGCAGACACAAAACCAGAUGUCAAUGGAAUAGAAGACCCAAUACAGAUUCACAGGUAUAAAUCUAUAGUCACAUGAUUUGACAAUGACACACACACAUACACACACACACACUUGUACACACACAUGCACGCACACACACGUGCACACACAAACACGCACACACAUACACAUACACACAUGCACAUAUAUGAACAAAGGACAGUAUUGUUAUAGCAAAUGCUGUGGAAAAAUAAAUAUUCACACAUGGAAGGAUGAAACUAGAUUUGUUACCUUGUACAAAAAGUCAAUUUCAAAUGGAUGAAAGAUGUUGAUAUAAAACCUGAAACUAAAACCAUUAGAAGAAAAAACAAAGGACUUAUUUGAAGACAUAAGCAGUGGCAAUAGCUUCCCACAUAGGAGACUGUUCACUUAGGAUAUAACGCCAACAGUUGACAAAGGGGGACUCAUAAGAUCAAAGAGCUUCUGCACAGCUUUGGGAACAACAGUUUACCAAUAGCCUACAGACUGGGAGAAAAAUAUGUGCUAACUGUACACAUGACCUGAUUACUACCUAGAAUAUACAAAGAACUAAAAACCUACGAAUUCAAACAACCAAGUCCAGAAAUGGGCUAGCUAAAUGAACAGGUAGUGCUCAAACAAUAAAAGACACAUUUGUUCAAUAAACACAUAUAAAAAUGUUCAACCUCAUUAACUAUCAGAGAAAUGCAAAUUAAAAUUGCAUUAAGAUUCUAUCAUACAGAAUAUCAGUCAUUAAGAAAACAACAAAUUCUGGUGAGGGUGUGAACCAAAGUGAAUGCUUGUACACUGCAUGUGGGAAUGUGAGCUAGUACAUCCACUAUGGAAAUCGGUAUGCUGGUUCUAAAAAAAAAAAACCAAAAGACUAUAAUUAUUCUACGUGAUCUAGUUUUACCACUUCUGGGCGUUUACCCAAAGAACCCCAAGACGACAUAUCAUAGAGACCCUUGUACAGCAAUAUUUAUUAUAGCAGUGGUUACAGUAGUUCAGUUAUGGAGCCAACCUACAUCUCCAAUAACAAUAGACGAUGGGGAAAAGGAGGAGAAAAUCUAAGAUGUAUAAACAAUGGUUUUUUUUUUCAUCUGUAAAGUUUGGAGUUAUGUUAUUCUAGGAAAAUGUAUGUAACUGGAGAUAAUAAUGUCAGAUGAAUUAAGGCAGUCCCAGGAAAGUAAACAUGUUUUUGCGAUUCAUGGUACCUAGGUUUAAUGUAGAUAUGUAAAGUCAUCAAUGUAUGCAUAACUUAAAUAUAAAAAUGAAACUGGAUUCUCAGGAAAUAAACAGGACUUAAGGGAAGGAGAAGGGGUGGACAGGAAGAGCAUGGUAGAAGGCUCCGAGGGGGAACACGCUCAACCCAAAAUCUCUACCUGUAUGAAAAUGAGCUUAUGUGACAGUCAUGACACAACGAACAUAUACCACGGAGAAUUUAAAGCAUGCAUAGGAAAUAAAAACAAAUGAAAAUGCAGCUAAUAAAAAGUUUAAAUGCAAACCACUGUAAUCGCUGGCUAACUAAGCUGCAGGGGCUCAAGUCAGGGGCAUGAUGAAAGGACAUGAGUGAGGAGGAGGAGAUCUGGUUACUGUGGGGAUUGAAGGUCGGUUUGCAUGGUGCCAGUGUUUGGAUGGUAGUGUUGUGCUGAUCCAUCACUGUUGGAGACCACAGUCUUUCUUACAUUUGUUUAUUUAGUUACUUAGUGUGCAUACAUGUGUACAAAUGUGUAUAUGUGUGAGCACGCAUAUGUUAUGGCAUGUAUGUGGAAAACUUAUGGAAUCAGUUCUUUCUCUCCUUUCACCAUAUGAGUUCUAAGGAUCAAACUUACGUGGUCGGUUUUGGCAGCAGGUGUCUUUACCAACUGCUGUUUUGCCAGCCCCCACAUCUCUUUUCUUAAAAAAUAGAUUAUUGUGAAAUACAUUGUCAACAAUAAUUUUGUCUGUAUUUUAGUUAUGUUCUUAGUGUAUAUUUCAGUGUCUUUGCUGAUGCUGAACUUGGGGAGCUUUGAUAUACAGCUCUGUUCAUGUAUGUGGACUCCUCAUAUGAAGCCUGAGAAGAGACUCCAUUAGUGAGAUGGUGGCAGGCCUUCCUAAGGAAGAGGCUGCUCUUCUGGCUUCUAAGUAAUUAAGUUUCAUGAUGUGAAGCAUUUGCUCCAUUUGGCUUUCCUCAUUUUUAGAAGAACAGGACGAUGCACGAUGCUGUCCGUGUGCUCUAGAGCAGUGCACGAUGCUGUCCGUGUGUUCUAGAGCAGUGCACGAUGCUGUCCGUCCAUCUACAGACCACGGAGCUCAGAGCCCAGCUGUGCAUUUAAACCUCAGCUCUACAGGGUACCAGCCGCGGGCUUAAAAUGCUUUGCUUAGCUUCAGUUUCCUUGGCAAAAUGGAUUUGAUUCACUUCUGAGAAACAAAACAAAGACAAAGCGAAGUCAAAUGAAAUAAAGCAGCAAGUUAGCUGAAUGGUCAGUGCCACCAGCCCAAUGGACCCGGCCCUGGGGAGCAGCGAGUUUGUGAACACAAUGUGGGUACAGUGUGAGAAUGAAAGCUGCUUGAAGUGGAGGCUGCUGUCCCCUGCGGCUGCAGCCAGGGUGGACCUGGGUGAGCCCUGGUUCUGCUCCAUGAAUGCUGACUCCAGCUACAACAGCUGUGCGGCUUCUGAGCAGGACUUCCCUGAAGAAUCGCAGCUCCUCGAAAGUGGGUAUAAGAUCGUCUACUCACAGCUUCCUCUCGGAAGCCUGGUUCUGGUAAAACUGCAGAACUGGCCAAGUUGGCCAGGAAUCCUUUGUCCUGAUCCUUUCAAAGGGAACUAUGUAACCUAUGACCGGGAUGGAAAUGUUGAUAAGUAUUACAUAGAGUUUCUGGGCCACCCCCGCUCAACAGCAUGGAUAAGCGCAGCGUUCGUUGGACAUUUUAGCCUCACGUUAAAGACGGCAGAAUGUAAGAAUAAGAAGAGGUGGUAUAGAAGUGCCCUCGAGGAAGCGUACCGACUCUACAGGUGUUCACCAGAGCAAAGACUAGCAGUGUGCUGCCGACCAACGCGGGACAGAACCAGAAGAGGCACAGAAGCUCCUGUGGUGACCAAGGAAAGGAUUCAAGGUUCUAAAAAUAAUACUGAAAAGAAAAGGCCCAGGGUUAGAAAGAGGAAAAGGGAUGCUGCUUUAAAGUACUCUGUUGACAUUUUUUGUUCCGAUGAAGCCCUGUCAAAGGAAAACAUGGUUGUCUCCGAGACAGAAGGUUUGCUGAAAGAACUGGAGAAAAUGCUGCAGCAAGUACAGGAGCCCACGGCAAGAGAGGACGGGCCAGGGCUCGAGCAGUUGUCUCAGUGCAGCCUGGAAGCUCCGACAGGCAGUCCAUUUGAGAGUUGCCAUGAAGAGGACUGUAUUGUGUCUGACUGGACAGGACUUAAAGCUGGGGAAUGUAUUGAGACUGUAACUAACGGUUUAAAAAUGAUAGAAGCCCUAAUAUCUGAAUUUUAGGGUGGUACCCAAAAGUUAAUUAUAAAAACAGUCACAGUCUUUAUAUUUUGUUUUCAAAUAUCUUAAAAUGUUUAAUGAAUUAGGGAUAAAAAUUGGUAUUUGUUAUAAAUUUUACUUUGUGAAUGUCCAUGACUGUGGGAGUGUAUCAAAUGGCAUUAAGUUAUAAUUAGGAUUAAAAAAUCUUUAUGUUUGUAUUUGUAAACUUUUUGUUUGCUUUUAUUUUACAGUUGUUUAUGAAACUUAAUCGUAAACAAGUGCUAUACAUGAGUGUUUCACCCUUCUUUAAAUAUGACUAUUGGAAUGGCUACCUGUUCUGUUAACAAGUUUCAGUGAGAACUCAAAUGUAACACAUGUACAAAGUGUUUUUGUAGUUCGAUGGAACUUUUAAGCUAUAAGGAAAUAUUAAAGAUAUAGUCAUAUAAUAAAGUUUGAGAAUUCUCAAAAGACAAAAA